AUGAGGAGGAGCUAUGUUUAUGCUGCUUCAAUUGCCCUUCUUUUGCUUUAUGUUCCAGUCAUCAUCUCCGCAAGGCACAUAACCCGGUCACAUUCGCGACAUGGCCAUAAAGAUCCUGCAGGGGAAAAUACAAAAGAACAUGGAAGUGAAUUGGGAAAACAACGGGUGUAUUGGGAAGGAAGAGUAACAACAAAACGUAUGCGAGGGGCAGACACACUGCAAGUAGCAGGGUCAAGGUUACCAGAUUGCUCUCAUGCUUGUGGGUCAUGUUCUCCAUGCAGGUUGGUGAUGGUGAGCUUCGUUUGUGCAUCCCUUGCUGAGGCUGAGUCAUGUCCUAUGGCUUACAAGUGCAUGUGCCAUAACAAGUCCUAUCCUGUUCCAUAG